UUGUUGUUCUUGUUCUUCGAGAUUGCUUUGUUGUUCAUCAAGGCGAAAGGAUCGCCAUCAGCAUUCAGAAACGACAGCAGCAGGCGUAGGGAUCGAGGCGGAUUUUACGUUUACCUAACUGUAAAAGUUGUAAAUAUUAUAGUAGUCCAUUCAUUCGGUAGUUCCUCGUAAACAAAUCGUCGUAGUAAUUCGUCCAUUCAUAAUCAAAAAAACACUCGGAAACGAACCCAAACAAAACAGCCUGUGAUUCGAACAACAAAAAAAUGGCUCAAGAUAAAUUCGAUCUUCAAAAAGUGCACGGAAGCUUCGAACUGUGUUUGGUUGGAAUAGAAACCGACGACGAUGUUUUCCUCGAUCCCUACUUGGAAGCCUUCAAGGAACUGUACAAAUUUUUCUCGCUGAUGGGAACCGUCUUUGGCUUCGUCAGCAGUGACGUCAAGGAGAAGGUGGAAAUCCUGGAGAAGCUCCGGAAGCACGCGGACCACGGUGAACGGUUCGAAACGGUGCGAAAAAUGAUGGACUACGAACGGGACGGCAAUCUGCUGGCCAAGAAGGACUACGUUUCGGGCAGUCGGACAUUGCUACGGCUUCAUCGGGGGCUCGAUUUCAUCUACCUGUUCCUGAAACGGCUCGGCGAGCUGGAAAGCGCCACCGCAAACACCUGCGCCGUUUGCCAAACAGCAUACAACGAAACGCUGGCCCAGUUCCACCCGUGGUUGAUCCGGAAGGGUGCCGUCAUGGCCAUGUACGCCAUGCCCAAUCGGGAUCAGCUGCUGGAGAGGGUCUGUCUGGAUGCGAGUGUGGCGAUAAAGUUGCUUCCGGAGAUGUUGGCCGUUGCUCGACAGGUGUACGAUCGGACGCAAAAUCUUUACACCCUGUACGAUUUGCACGGAUUGCCGUAAGGGGCCGUUUCAAGCUUCCUAUAGCUACAAAAAAGACAGGACCACGCUAGAUGGACAUUUUUGACCGAAUCGGAUGUACAAGUUUCGUUUUAAGCUUUUAUUGUGAUAGCUGGAGUAUUGUUUCGAUUUAAGUUGAACCUAGCCAAAUGUUGAAACCAGUUUUGAACGUAUUUUUAUUUCGUUUUGUUAUUUUUAUCACAGUUCUUUUUAUGCUUCGGUAGACUCUUGUAGAUGUUUGCGAAAAAUGCGUCUGAUCGCUAAUCAAUGUUGCUCAAAGUAAAAAAAAUGCGGCCCAAUUACAAUGGAGAUACAUUCCUACGGUGCACUGAUAUAAUCGCUUAACACUUUGUCGAAUUCAGACGAAUAAAUAACAGAAACUGA